CAUCGUUUUGCGCCUCACGGUCACAUAUCCUAAUAUAAUUCGCUUAUAUACAAAACAAAGUGCGAUGUGGCUAGUGAUUGUGUUGCAUUUGAUUUAUUAAAAAGAAAAUAUUAGAUUAAUGUUAAUAGAAUUAAUUUUUAUUUGCGAACAAUUGCAUGAUUUCGUCGACAUCUGUGAUACUAUUUUAACUCGUUAAUUAAUUUUGUGGAUUAUGAAGCAGAUUGUAUUAACCGCACUUUUCAUCGUGGGCUUCGUCACUUCUGACAAGCCAGAAGUAACGUCAGCUUCGUCACACCUCACACCAUCGACAAUAAAAGCAAACGAAAAGAUUUCCACUUCAUUGAAAACCAAACAACCUGCAAACCGUCGUGAUGGCGUCAGUUACUCAUCAAGCGUCAUCCAUCGUGACCCAAACCAUCCGGAACAAGAUGCUGCGAGUUCAAUAGACUUCCGUCUCAAUACGGAUGUCAAAGGAUCAUCUAUACAUAAUGACAAACCAUCCGCGAGCUAUUACACAACUCCCAAGUAUGAUUUCCAUCCGCAAUCCAGCGAAUAUUCUGGUUCUAGUCAAGUUCAACCUGAGGACCAACCUCAUUCUUCACAUGAAUCAAACGACGAUGUAAUUUAUGGGAAAAACGCAGCUCAAGCAACUUCAACAUUCCAUUUUGAGCAGGGUCAUCAAGGAUUGCAAUCGGUUGGUCAUCGAGGUGUAUUGAGUCAUACCCAUGAUCAAUCUCCUCAUUCAUCUCAACAUACCCAUCCCAAUCAUCAACCUUUUUAUAAACAGGUCUAUGCACAACCUGUGUUUACUGAAACCAAUCAUAAAAUUGAAGUUCAACAUCCCACAACACAAUUUAAAAGGGUUUUGAGUACGCCGAGACCCAAGACUACUUCUCAGGUGUAUAGACCUGCUCCAACUAGGUCUAGCCAUGCAUCUCAUGGAAGUCACUCGCAUCAAACGCAUCAUAAACUGCCGGUACCUCAAGCGUAUACUCAAGCAAUCUAUCACCAACCGGAACCGGUGAAAUCUGGUAAAGCAAUGGGAUUUACCCAUCAGAAUCAAAAUCAAAAUCAUAAUGAGGGUUCAGGGCAGACACAGUCUUUUAAUGUUGGAUACAGUGUGAAGUUUGGUAAUGAUCAAGGUCAAAGGAAGAAACCUUAUAAACCUACAAGACCUGAUUCUGAUAUUAUUACUGGGUCACAUAAAGAGGAGGUUAGCAAACCAUCGCAUUUGUCACAGGUGACCCAUCACCGUUUCCCUGCUUCAAAUCAACAAGAUGAUCAAAAGUUUUUCUCUGCGUCUUCAAAUAACCCACAACAAAUUUUAUCUCAAGCUAAUUUGACUCCUAAGACACAGAAACAACUGGCUUUCUUAGAAAAUAUUCAGAGUCAUAAGUUUGUACAGAAAGAACCACUUCAAAGUAAUUUCCCAUGGAAAAAUCUUAGUCCCUCUGUUGAAAUCUACAGAAGCAAAGAGAUUUCUUUACCAAGUGGUUCAACGUUUACAAAAAAUUAUGGUUUUGAUCACGAGAAAGCCAUUGGGAAAAGCGAAGGGUUCGACUACACCAACGCAGUUGAUUAUAAUGGGAAUAUUGUAAAAGUUCUGCCAACACAAGGAACACAGCACAAGGGUUAUCUUCCUAUUCCAGGUCUUAAUACUGUUUCUGGAGAGCAGGGUCAUGAAACCCAACAGAUCCAAGUUCAGGCACAGUUAGAAUUACAACCCCAAGGUGAUUCACAAUCACCAUACCUUCAAAUGUCUCACUCUGGUGUACCAAGUGGUCCCAUUGAUAAAAUCCCUGCGUUACCAAAGUUACCAAUUGAUACCAGUUUGAUCAGAGAGCCAUUUUUGACUGUACAUAAAGACCGGAUGCAGCCUCAUGGUACCCAACUCCCUAUUCAUUUUGAUACAUCUUUGAUCAAAGAUAUUAGCAAUGCGUAUGGCCAAAUCUUUACCAAUGAUGCACCUUCUGCUGGUCCGGGGUCUACUUACCAAGAGAAUCUGGCACAGAUCAAUAACCUGCUUGCGGAACAGUCCCAACAACAUCACAAUUACCAACAGUUGAUUCCAAGUUCAAUGGCACCUCAUUUGGAACAAAGUGCUCCAGAACAACAGCAACAACAUUCAAAACCACUUUUGUAUCUGCAACCUGCCCCAACAAGCCAAAGCCAAAGCCAACUUACAGAUGCAAGUCAAAUUAGGCAGGUGAAUCAUGACGAUAUGACAUUUAGUUAUCCACAAAAUGGUCUGUUUAACCCCAUCAUGGCGAUGGUGCCAAAACCAAGCGAUCCCACACAAAUGCCGGUAUUGUUCACCCCUCAAGGAAAUAUCAAAGCAAUUGAUCCACAAUUACUCAAACAUCUUAAGAUGUACAAAGUAAAGGAACAUGUGCCUGAUCAUGCGCAACCUCAGAUGGUUAAGUUUAAAGUGUUUGGAAAGCCUGGAAAUGCGUUUAUGCGACAUCAGUAUGAAAAGAUGAGACAUGGUAUUCCUAUUAGAAUGCCAGGUGGACAGGGUAUUCCUUUGCAAUCGGGAAAUAAGCGCCUUGUGAGAGAAUACACAAACAUCGAAAUGGAUCUAAGACCGCCCCCAAUGGCAAUUCCAUUCAAAACAGCCAACUUUAUAAGAAUCAAACAGUAAUGAUCUUGUUUUAGCUUUGUUGUUAGACCAUCAAUUCAAAGAAUAUGUAAAUAUUUAUCCUACUUAACAUACAGCUUCGGUUGUAUUUAAUAGAACUGAAUGAGUAACUGCCAUAAUAACUAUUUCCUUGAUUGAAAUAAUUAUUAUAGCACAAAUUCGAGCGUAGUAUCAAUUAUUAGAAUGUUGUAAAAUAAUGUUAAACGUUUUCUUAGUAGAUAUUAUUACUUAUUGCGUUUUGUAAUACGUGUAUAAUCGAUUGUGAAACUUAAAUUCUAUAAGGAUACUUGAUAGCUUUUGCAAACGACAAGGUUGUUACAUUUUGAUGUAAAUUGCUACUUAAAAUUAUUAUUUACUUCUUUAUUAUUUAUUAAUAUGUAUUGUAUUUAACAAAAUAAGAAUUAAUUGUAAUUCUUCUCAAAACAUGAUAAUUUUGUGUAUUAAACACUCUGUAUCUCCUGUACCAAUAAAGAAUUUAAAUUUUU